UCGCCUUCCUACUUCUGCACCGUCUCGGGUGCCGCUCCAGCUCCGCCACUGCCCCUCAGCCGCCGGUGCUGCCGCGCAGCCCCCCUCCUUCCCUCCCUCCCUCUCCCCCGCCCCCGCCGGUCCCCCUCCGCCCCGUCGCCAGCGCCGCUGCCGCCGUUUCCACAAGAUGGCGGGGACCGUGGCCGAGCGGGACGCGCUGAAAAUAGAGGACGGGCAUUUAAACAACUCCCUAGGAUCUCCGGUGCAAGCUGAUGUGUACUUCCCUCGCCUGAUCGUCCCCUUCUGUGGGCACAUCAAAGGAGGAAUGAGGCCGGGAAAGAAGAUCUUAGUUAUGGGCAUAGUGGACCUCAACCCCGAGAGCUUUGGCAUCAGUCUGACUUGCGGAGAGUCAGAAGAUCCUCCUGCGGAUGUAGCUAUUGAACUGAAAGCUGUGUUUACAGACAGACAGUUUAUCAGAAACUCUUGUGUAGCUGGAGAAUGGGGGGAAGAGCAAUCAUCAAUUCCUUACUUUCCAUUUAUACCGGACCAGCCUUUUCGGGUUGAGAUCCUUUGUGAGCAUCCCCGUUUUAGAAUAUUUGUGGAUGGACAUCAGCUCUUUGAUUUUUACCACCGUAUUGAAACACUGUCAGCAAUUGACACGAUAAAGAUAAAUGGAGAUCUUCAACUUACAAAACUUGGCUGAGCUUGUUAGGAUUGCAGAUUCCAACUUGGCUCAGGUGCCAUUGUCCGUUUGGAGAAGUGACAGCCGGCUCUGGACACAGCUAUGGUAGGAAGGCUGCCCUGUUCCUUUUCCGCAUGCAGUUCUUCACUCCUGUGCUGAUGAACUGGGCUGUUGUUUAUCCUAAUGAAGAACAUUGUUGGUUAAUAGACAUUGAGCCAUUUUUUCUUGGAUCAAAAUAGCCCACCUGUGCUGGAAAAUCAAAUUGGAAUGGAUUCACAAAGACUUGCAGUCUCGUUUCAGAUCUCACAGAAAAGCAAUUUCUGAAAUGCAGCACUAAAACUGGUUACUGAACAGCAGUGACAACAGCAACAAAAAAAGUUUUGCAAAUAUUGUUUCUGCACUGAAGUGGAGUAGUGUAGCACAACACAGGGCCACGUGCUGGUGUCCUAACCCAGGGCCUGAGCCUGGUUCCAUGGAAACUGAUGGCAAAACUCCCACUCACUUUAAUGGGGUACAAUCAAACUGUCGUAGUCCUUAGUCAAGCACAAUUGCCACCAGUUUCUAUGGGAUUUUUGCACAUGCCUAGGGGCCAGCUCUUCUGCUGGGGUAAAUGAGCAUUAUACCUCUGUGGCUCACAGUGGAAUUUUGCUUAUUGCUCCCAGCCGCUGAUUUGGCCCAAGGACUGUGCAAAAACCGAAUGAGGGUGUCAGGACACAGCCUGUAUAUUUUAGUCAGGGUAUUUGCAUAGAAUGUAGAUGGUUCCGAGUUUUUGCACAAUGUAUUGUUGAUACAAUUUUUAAAGCUUAUCUGUAGUUUAUUUAUUUAUACUCAUUGUAUGUAUUACUGGUAAAAAUGAACAAUCUUACUGAUGGUUAAGAACAGCAAAGUGUAAACAUUUUGAAUGUACAAAAUGUCUUUGGUUCUUUGGGUCAAAUUUACAUAGCAUUCUUGAAAAAUCAUGUUUCCUGUCAAACAUUUAGUUAUAUUUUAAUGGAGCCCUCUAGGCCUUGGGAAAAUGUGGGCAUGGUAGUUGGUGGGGGUGGGAAUCUUCGCAUAUUCACUAGAAACUGUUUUUCAGGGCUUACUAACUUCGCUGCACAGGAUAGGUUGGAGUUCAAGUUUUAAAAAAAUUCACAGCAAAUCUGUAGAUUUAACUGUGCUUUUAUAACCUGAGAGUAAGUAAAAUUUAUCAGUCUCUUAGUUCAGAAAGAAAACUAUCUUCUUUCUUUCCAAGGGAGAUGGGAGAAUUUUUUGCACUUGUUUGAGAACAUAUUCGGCCUUUGAUAUGACAAUUAAAACUUGUCUAGACAGCCAAGUUAUUAAUGCUUGAAAAUCAGCUCCUGCACAUGAAUAAUAACUUUUCAAGUAGCUUUUUAAAUAGUAGGUAUAGCUGUAUAAACACAGUCAUUGUGCUACACUAGAAAUGAACACAGCCACUUUUCUUGAUGACUUUAGGACUAAAUACACUUUUUUCCUUGGCUGCUCACAACAGACUGUAGCAGGUCUUUCUGAGUAGUUAUGAUAUAAACAUAUAUGUAGGCAAUUUUGAAAACAUGUAAUAUAGGGACUUUCUAAAGACACAGAAUACUAAAACAUCCUUUGUAGCACAGUAUUAAAAAAAAAAAAAAGAAGAAUCUCACAAACAGAAGUAUGUUAAACCUGCAAUAAAGCUGUGGUUUAAAGCAACCAGAACUGGAAUAUCCAAAGUGAAGGGUAGAAUGCCAGUUGCAAAGCCUCAUUUUAUGCUAAUUUGGCCUGCAGUUAAGAAGCCUUAGACUGCAAGCUAAAAUUCCAACUGUGGCUCUAGUCCAAAGCCUGUUGAGGUCAAUCAGAGUCCUCUGAGCAUAGAAGCCUGAUUCUUAUUUCAUGCAAGUGCAAAUCUCUUUGUAAAGCCAUGGGGGAGUUGCUGCUGCUGCAGACAAGUUAAGAAUCAGGCUGCCACCUAUAAAAGACAAGUUUCAAAUGGAAAUUUUAGCCUUAACAUUGACAUUACCCGACUUUUCCUCCUUUUUCCAAAUUGAGAGCCCGUUAUUUUCCAGAUGAUCUUUUCAUCUGGUGGGUAGCUUUUAAGUUGUACAACGGAUUCUAUUUGUACUCCAGAUUGAAUCUUGAUAAGAAAUGUUCCUGUCUUGCUCUGUUUUUACUCUUUUACAUGAUACAUGAUGACUGUGUCAUUUUCCAUUGUAUAAAGAAUGCUGACAGUGUUUCGGUACAAAAUAUAUUCUUAAAAAUGAUGAUGAGGAUGAUAAUAAAAAUCCAAGGGAAAGGUGCUUCUACAUGAGGUGUUUGGAUUAUUCUCUAGCUUGGAAAUGCUUUAUGGUUCCAAAGGAGAUGCAGGCAGAUGAAUUCUGUUUGGAGAGAUAUUUAGCACCUUCCUUGCCUUACACUUCCUCCAACUAGCCAUGUAAAGCCAGGUUUCCUGAUGCAGUACCAUUGCCCGUGUCUCUCCUGCUUAGUACAGUGGGCCAGAAGUAGGAGGCUGGAGAGACAGAGUAAGUAGCACCAUGACCUUGCAGUAGCACAAAACCAAAAGGGAUGUCCCUGACAGCACACUAGUAGAGAAUCCCCCUCCAUGCCUUUACUUUAGCCCAGAAAAAGCAAUUUGGCUGACUUGAAUUUUCAUCAGCUUGGGAUUCCUGGUAGGUUUGGCACAGCCCUUGGACUUCUGUUAUCCUUCAUGGGCUGGGCAGAGCACAGUGCCUGCACCAGGGAUGCCCAGAUAACUUGGUGCAACACCGUGUCCAUGGCAUCUCUGUCAGGUUCAGGGACACUGCCUUACCUCUGUUCCCACUCACUGUGCUGGGCGCUCCUAUUUGUUCCUCCUCCAGUAGUUUUUCAUCUUGGGAAAAUGUUUUUUUGAACCUGAUUCUGGUUUUGCCUUUGCAUAACCCCACCAGCCACAGUGCCCACUGCCUGAUUCUGCCCUGUUGUGGUUUCUUGAGCUAGGCUUUGGGGCAAGAAGGGCUGUGAACCCACUUCAGUGGGUUGUGGUUUGGCUGAGAGCUCAGGAAAGGGCAGAAACUCGCAGUUAAGGCUUCCACAUCUAUUUGUCUGUUUAAUACCAGUUUGGAAGCCUUUUUAUUUCUCUUUUGCUCAUGGGCAGUACUGGGCUGUGUCAGGCAAAAAAGCAUCAUGUCCAUGUAACUAAGGGCUGUUCCACACGUGCUUGGCUCAUGUUGGCCAAUCAUGUUGAGAAGCAACUGCUGAACACUUUCAUGCACGAUGUAAGUCAGAGAAAACUGAAGCCUUACAUAUUUCUGUUCAGUUGGACUUUGAGCCAAAUGUAAAUGUUUAAGAUGGGAGACCAUGCUGCAAAAUUAUAUCUGAGUUUUUUGGUCUCCACAAUUUAGAGAUUAUUCAGAUCUUCAUGUUGGAUAUAAGCCCUCCUAGACCUAAAAUAAGACUUUUUUCCAAAUUGGGCCAGGUUUUCAACAUGGUUUUUGGUAGGGACAAGUAGUCUGUGAGCUUCUUAUAAGCUGCAGUUCUUCAGGACUAGGUGAGUGUGUGAACAAACACUUGAAAUCAUAUGCUAGAAUUUAUUAGCUGAGUAUUUUCAUGGUUUCCUCUGAAUGAGGAAAUUAAUUCUGAAAUGAAAGAAGCCUUGAAUGGGUAAAACCCAUGUGGAGUGGAAUCACUCCACUUAGCAUAGCUUUAUUUUUUCCAAAGAGGAAAAAGCAAAAAAAACCCAAAACAACCAAAAACCCAUGACCAAAUUAUUUAGCUAUGUUUGGAAUUGGCUGUGAUAAAGAUUAUUUAAUUUAAAAAAAAAAAAAAAGAGGUUGAUGCCUACUCAGAAAGAGCCUUGAAAUACUGAAAUAUCAUGUGAGGUAGUCUAUGUCUAAAUGUAUUUCACAUAAAUGCUUUUUCACAGCCAAGUGGGUAAAAAUGUUACCAAAUACCUUAUUUUUGUGUCACAAUUAGAAAUGUUUGCCCCACCUUGAAAGAACAUUUUGUACUAAAUAUUCACGUUGUCUAUGUGAACUUGCACUAACAUAUAUUAUACUGUCCCUCCCCUCGGCUUGCUUGAGACGAAAUAGGCGUAAUAUUGCUAAACCGGUUGAAUGUGACAUCUGCUUGAGGCAUAGCAUCUUUCUCAAGGGCUGUUUUGAGUAAACAGCCUGAAAACCAAAGAGAGAACCUGAUUCACCAUUCUGCUGUGCCAGCUUUCCACCCUUGUCACUCUUCUGCUGUGACGCUGAGACUGAAGCCUCGCGAUUUUAAUGGAAGGGAGCAACACUGAGAUUUUUAUCUUUUGGGAUUUAAAAGUAUUUGUUGUAGAGGAAAGAAGAACAGAGUACCCACAGUGCUCUCAAGCAUGGUAGUAGGGUUGGGGUAGCAUGAUGUGCUGCAGUCCUAAUGGAGCAUGAGUUCAGAAAGACAUAGCAGGCAUUUCAGAGCCAGCCUAGAGCACAGACUAUGGAGCUGCAGGACAGUUUCCCAGGGAUGGGCAUUUGCCACAUAGCUGUCAUCUUCCACAACCCCAUACUAAGACAUAGAGCAAAAAAACCAGCAUUGCUUACAAGUUUGGAAAGGCAUGAAUGAGUUCAUGUUCCUACUUGCCUUCUUUAAAAGAGGCUCCCAAAUAAAUAAGAGGAAAAUUUAAGAGUAGCCAUGCCUCUAAGGCAAUUUUUUCACUGCAGACAUUGAAGCAGUGUAUCUGAUGUAGGGUUCAUCUUGCCUCCCAUCAAUAAUCAGUGCUCCACACAGAAUUCUACAGCACUGGUUUCUGCACUGAGGCUGAUUACAGGGACCUUCCCAGGCAGAAUUCUGCUAAGCCAGUUAGUGACAGCUCUAAGCAACCUCCCAGCACCCCUGGAAUUGAUAUGACAGUAUGAGGAAAAAGAGUCAGGCUGAGAGCAGCCCUAAAUGAUCACCAGGAUAAGCACAGAAGUUAGGGAGAAAAGCUUCACAAGUCUAGGAAGAGUUAGUGACCUGGUGAGAUUUUUUUGUAACUAUGGGUGUUGUUCUGAUUUUCUCACAUAGAUCAGAAAGCGUACAGGUAAAAGUCACUUUACAAUGACUGGCAUGUGGGGUUAGAACCAAGGCCAACCCAAAUGGGGAGAAAAAAUGAGCUGCAGACGCUUUAUCUAGCUUUGAUACACCCUCUCAGCUCCUCCCAGCAAUCAGUGCUGUUAUGAACAUACACAAUUAAUACAAAGAGAUUCAGCAGCAUGUGCUAAAUCAAAAUAAUAAACUCAUACUUUGCCACAGGUCCUCCCUAGCUUCUGUUGCUAGGCCUCUCCAUCUGUCUGUCAACAAAUAACUACAUCCUGCUCCUUUUAAAACCCCUGGCAGAAAUCCCUUUGACUUUCAUGGAAAUAGGUCCAUAAGAAAAGGGGUAUUUCUAGCUCUCCCUCUCCAGUUAUUUUCAGCUGGGCCAUACUGUAAAACUGGGUUUAUUUUUAAGUAUGAAUAGAGGACUAUUUCUGUCUGCAUUAUCCAUUUGAUAGAGUCAACAGAAAGCACAGCCUUUCUCGGCUGUAGUAACACUGGUUUCACAGUUAGCUGAUGAAAUGUCUUAUAUUCAUUACCUUCUGAUUUUAAACAAUGAGGGUGUGCACAAAACAGCCGGGCAAUAAUAGCACUAUGUAUCAUUCACCACAGAUCUAUUUUUAUGUGUUGUGCCAAUUUCAUAAUGAACUUUUAAUAAUAAUAAAGCAUCAAAUCUUCACAAA